AAACUGUCAUCACUCAGAGCAGCGACACUGAAAUACCUCCACCAGGACCCCCAGCUACUGGUUUGGCUUUUGGAAUAUUUUACAACCUUUUUUUAUCAUCUCGAGAAUUGGAAAUCAAUCUCUUGCUUUUUUUUUUUCGUUUCUAACUGGAUUUUUCCACGGUUAUGUGCGGAUUUAUGAUGGAGAAUUAAAAUGGUGAGGAAGAAAAAGCUGCUGGUGUUCGAAAUUUGUGGAAGCAUGAUGUGGGAUGGAUAAGCAACAACAAACAUCUACUAUGGCCUCUAAUGACCCUGACCUUUCUGACCCCUCUGGUGACCCCCAGCCUGGUGACCUCAUUGAGAUCUUCAGACCAGCCUAUCAGCACUGGGCUCUCUACCUGGGAGAUGGUUACAUAAUCAACUUAACUCCUGUUGAUGAGAGCCCGGCAGCCGCCAUGUCCAGCGUGAAGUCCGUCUUUAGCCGGAAGGCGGUGGUGCGCAUGCAGCUGCUGAAGGAGGUGGUGGGGAGUGACUCAUACCGUGUCAACAACAAGUACGACCACAACCACACACCUCUACCCAUCAGUGAGAUCAUCCAGCGAUCGCAGGUCCUCAUCGGCCAGGAGGUGUCCUAUGACCUGCUGGGGAGCAACUGCGAGCACUUUGUUACCCUCCUGCGCUACGGGGAGGGGGUGUCCGAGCAGGCUACACGGGCCAUUGGGGCCAUCAGUUUGGUGACGGCAGCAGCCAGCGCCUUCUCUGUCCUGGGACUGAUCAACACACGAUCCAGAAACAGGCCUUUCUGACAGCUGUAUUUCCUCCCAACAUUCAUGCGGCUGUGAAUUAAAAUGCAUAAAAACAUCAUUAAAAUGUAAAGGAAAUAUAAA